UGGCAGCGAUGGAACAACGAUAGCGAUUGCUCAGCGAUGGUGCACCGGUGGACAGCGAUGGCGCAGCGGUGGAGAGCGAUGGCGCAACGAUGGAACAGCGAUGGAACAACGAUAGCGAUGGCGCAGCGAUGGAACAGCGAUAUCGAAGGCAGCGAUAGCGAUGGCAGCGAUAGCGAUGGAGCACCGAUUGAGAGAUGGCGCAGCAAUGGAAGCAACGUUGCCAUGGCAGCUAUGGUACCAGCGUUGCGAUGGCGCAGCGAUGGCCAGCGCUGCGAUGAGAGCGAUGGCGAUUGCCUUUACGAUGGCGGAAACAAGCGUCUUAUAUCGCCAGAGCAAUAUCUCGAUCUCGCGGUGAUGGUGCCGAAAGAACGUCCGGUUCUUCCGCCAGAGCAUGUUUUCUGGCUUCUGCCACCCCGUGAGGGGUCGUCCGGCUUGGCUCAAGAAACUCCAGGUACGGCAGUGGGGCGCAGGAGUCCGAUUCAAGACGCUGGGGGUCGGGUCAAGGGACGCAGCGUUCACACGCAGGUCGGCCAGGAUGCUCCUAGGAACAYGUCGGACUUGCAUUCUCAGGGUACAGGGACUCAACGGGUCGGUACUCCGAAACUUAUCAAGGUUCACUGCAGCGCCGACACGUAUUCGCUUCGAGAUGAGACGAGAAGAGAUUCAAGCAGAUCGGGGCUAGAUGUUGGAGGGAAUGAGGCUGAAGGGAUGGGCGCUGUCCGCGAAAGCUCUGGAGGGGAGCAGACUCCUUCGGAGAAGAAGAGCGAGCGACAAAGGAUGCCGACGAACGAAGAGGGUGGGACGACAAGUAAGAAAGUGAGGAGGCCAGGCGGUUUGACCAUCCGCGAAGGACAUGCCGCGGGUGGAGGAGAUUCGGUUGAUCGAGGCGCUGCGGCUGCGAGAGAACCUUCGGGGAAAUCGAAACGGAAAGUGGCAGCUGAAGAAGGCGAUGGCCAGAAGAAACCUCGAAGGCGGAAGACUGCUGAGGCGGCGAGCGGUGGCGAAGGGCCUGUCAGUCGGGAGUGCGACGAAGCGGCAGCGUUCUGGCUCGAAUACGAGCGGAACGAUGUUGGUGAAAUCGUGGAGGAGCUCCCCGUCCAACUGCUCAUCGACCCCAGGAAGGUCUGCGACAUCUCGCCUCGGGAAAGAUAUUACAACCACCGCAGUCUAAGUCGCGAAACUGUGGAUGACAUCAAGGAUGCGAUGCUGAGUCACUUCCGCGAGAAGAAGAUCUGGACGAAAAACCCUCUCGUUUUGGCACCCAUCUACAAGUCGGUGUYGCGUAGGCCGGAGCAAGCAGACAGGGUUCACAAAGAUGUCUUCAAGCCAGAGGACAAGGACAAGUUCUACUAUUACCCUAUUAACGGACAACACACCGUGGCUACUGUGAGGGAGUUGGAGGGUGAGCAAAUAUUCGAUUUGUGGAAGAUGCACUCGUGGCCAGCGAGAGUAGUGUGGUUCUCUGACCGAGAUUUUGCGGGGUAUAGGCAGGUCAGUCUCAACGAAAACACGAGACACAAGAUGUCUAAGCAGCGGUCGCAGAAGGCCGCGUUCUUGGACAUGCGGGAGGCAUGGGAGAACGAAGGAAGGCCGAUGGCCAUUCAAGGGAACCCUUCUGGCAAGGAGGCCGAAAAACAAAAGUUCUUUGAUUUCCAAAAGCUUAUUUUGGGAUAGAGUCCGAACGGAGCUCACUGGACGUUAGCACAAAAAGAUUC